AUGUUAGAAAGAUUAGCAAACCAUCCUUUUUAUUGUUUUCUUGAUGGUUACAGUGGUUUCUUCCAAAUCCCGAUCCACCCUAAUGAUCAGGAGAAAACCACUUUCACAUGCCCUUAUGGUACCUUUGCUUAUCGAAGGAUGCCAUUUGGGCUGUGCAAUGCCCCAGCUACUUUCCAGAGAUGCAUGACCUCCAUUUUUUCAGAUCUGAUAGAGGAGAUGGGUGACAUAAAAGUUGUGGACAAAAAGGGAGUGGAGAAUGUAGUUACUGAUCAUCUCUCUAGGAUGCGAGUUGAAGACAUAGUCCCCAUCAAUGAUUCUAUGCCUGAAGAACAGCUUAUGGCAAUCAUGAUCUUGAAAGAGAGUUUUGAUGAGAAAGUCAGGCUGGAAGAAGUUAAGGCUCUGCGUGAUGAGAAUUUGCCAUGGUAUGCUGAUAUAGUGAACUUCAUGGUGUAUGGAGAAGUCCCUAGUAAUUUUGAUGCUUACAAGAGGAAGAAGUUCUUCAAGGAUGCUAGGCACUACUAUUGGGAUGAACCUUACUUGUACAAGAGAGGACCAGAUAGCAUUUACAGGAGAUGCAUAGCUGAAGAAGAUGUACAAGGAGUUCUUGAGCAUUGCCAUGGGUCUGCUUAUGGAGGCACUUUGCCACAUUCAAAACCGCAACUAAGGUUCUGCAAUCUGGUUUAUGGUGGCCUACUUGUUCAAGGAUGCAGCAAGUUACAUCGCCAAGUGUGA